GAGAAAGGAAAGGAGAAAGCAGUAGUCAGCUGCAGAGAGCUUUCACAAGGCUCUCAAAAAGCCAAUGUAAAAUGUGGUGGAACAACAAUUUCAUCUGUCUUAUGGUUUGGAAAAUAAUACUUGGUUGUACUUUAUGCAAUAGCUUCUCUGAAAUUUCCUUUUAAAACUAAAGCCCAAAGGUUUUAGUAGAGCUUCUAUCUUUCAAUUCAAUUGGAUUACAAGUUGCGUUUUUCAUAAAUAGAGUUUACAUAUAUUUAGGCUUUGAAAUAACUAUGUUUUUUUCACCCAGAUUCAUCAUGUAUAUCUAUGGCUGCCUUCAUUAUUUUUUUUCUUUGAUUUUUUAUCCCCAUUUGAUGCAUAAGUUGUCUCUUGAUAUUUCUCAAUUCUAUAGAUCUGCCCAACUGGGACAGGAGUUAAGGCACCAUCUACUUAAAAUUCAGCAGCAAUACCCAAACUACAUACGAGAAGUUCAAGGUAGAGGUUUGUUCAAUGCUGUGGAGCUCAACAGCAAAAAUCUGCGCCCUGUUUCUGCAUAUGAUAUCUGCCUACAGUUAAAGGAGAGAGUUCUUGCUAAGCCCACCCAUGAUACUAUCAUCCGAUUAACUCCCCCACUCUCAAUAAGUUUGGAUGAGCUCCAAGAAGCCUCAAAGGCACUGAGUGAUGUUCUUGAGCAUGAUCUACCAAAGAUGCAGAAAGCAAAGCCAGAGCAUGUCUCCCCAACUAGUUCUAACAUAUGUGACCGUUGUAUUGAAUAACAUGUACAUUACUUCUUAAGGCAAUCAGUUGCUGAAAUUGAUAUCUUAUACUUUAGCAUGGAUUUUCCGAAAAGCU